AAGUACUUAAAUAGGUACUUACUCCAAGAAGAAGGAGCAGAGGAUCCCAUGGCGAUCAGGUCAGUCUGAUCAGAUCUGAUGAUGAAAUCCCGGAGAUAUUGGGGGAAAAUUUCAAUACGUAUAUACAAUUCCAUAUAAUGAUUUGUAUAUUCCUUAAUAAGUUUUUUUUUUAUAUUCUCUUGGAUAGUCACAUUCGGGGAACUCGUGACGAGGAGUAAAAGUUUUUUGAAGUUGUUUUUUUUGUUUAAGGUAAUAUUUUCCUUGAGAGAAUGGACGAAGAUCGGAACGUAAAAAGAGCGUACCUGGGUCGCCUAGCAGGAGGACGUCCUAUCGGACGCCCUAGGUAUCGCUGGAGCGACAUGGUGGAGGCGGAUCUGCGCGAGCUUCGAGUCGACAAUUGGCGAGAGGUCGCACAGGACCGAGAAAAGUAGCGCUGUCUUGUGUCGGAGGCCAAGUCUCAUUUUGGGUCGCUGAGCCAACGGAGUAGUAGUAGUAAUAUUUUCUAAAGUUUUUUAAGUCGUGUGGCUUUUUGACGGGCUGCUGAAUUUUUCUCACAACUUUUUUUUGUUCUCACCAUAAUUUUAUAUCAGGAACAGCAAUCAUCGCUUUAUUCCAGCUAAUCCUCUAAACUUGUAACGUAUAAUUAAGAUAUAUUUCACAUAUCCUGCGGGCCCCUUUGUUCAACCUGUCUCGUGUCGUGCGUGCAACGGAGCGUGACAGACACACCCAGCUCAGAACUUUUGCAAAAUCACACAAGAUUACACGUCUUGGACUAUGGCCGGCUGAACGUCCUAGUGCCUUUAGUCGUUUAAAAAAAACAUAUAAUUUUAAGAAAAUGUUUGCUAUCAAUUAAAUAACGCAGUUUAAAUUUAAAUAAAAAUAUAUUGUGUUAUUAUUAAUCUCAAUAAACAAUAAUUAAUAACAGUAUCGAAAUAAAAAGUAAUCGCUUGAAUAAAUUGUCAACGCGCGCCUUUGACAUUAGAAAGCGCGGGAAAGCAGAGGCGUUUUUUCAGUUUUAACUUGAACCAAUUGCUUAUAAUUUUGAGUGGUAUUCGUCAAUUGUAAUAUUGAUAAAUUUUUAAACGGUGAAGUGGACUUUAGUAUUUUGUUAUAAAAUGGAAUAAUAAUGAAUAAAGUGAGACUAUGAUAGCAGCAAUGUUGAGUAUAUUGUUUUGGUGUCCGGUGCUCGCGGCGGUGCAGACUUUGACCAUAGAUUCGCAGCUUGGGACUUCCAUUGAAGAUUGCUUCGACCGCAUAUCGAUCGGCGAGCAACUCUCCCCGGACGCCAUCUAUCGGAACAUCACGGAACUAACGACGCGCGAGUGCGAGACGCUCUGCAAGCAGGACAAGCAAUGCCAGACCUUCGAUUACGGGGUUGGUGCUAAAGGCAACGCCACCUGCAACCUCAGCACCCUUGGCGACUCAGACCUUCGCGUCCAGAACUUAAUCCAACGGCACCCAGACUACGAUAUCUACGUCCGCAGGGUCCUCUGCGAACAGAUGGCCCCCACCCCCCUCCAACCCCAGUUUGAUGAAGAUAACCCUCCACUCCAUCGCCCUGUUUUCCGCCCUGAUGAGGAGGAACCCAAAAACCCCUUAUCAGACGACUUUUCAGACUUAAGGCCUUUUGAAACAAGACCUUACUUCAGACCACCAAGACCUAACUAUAUAGACAACGAUAGACCUGAUGAUUACAAUUCAAAACCGAAUUUAGAUAACCCUCCUAGCUACGGAGCGCAUAGACCUCCUGAAAUACCGUACAGACCAAUCAGACCUUACCCUGAACCUAUUCAACCUGAACCGUAUAUGCCUGAGAGACCAUGGAUAAGGCCAGAUGACCCAUAUAGACCACAACGACCAAGACCAGAUGUACCAUAUGGUCCUGAAAAACCGUUAAGGCCAGAGGAUUAUAGACCUAUAAGGCCGAAUGACCCAUAUGGAUCUGACCUAAGACCUGAUGAUCCUUACAAGCCGGAUAGACCAUUAAGACCUGAUCCUUAUAGGCCUGAAAGGCCAGGCUCAUAUAGACCUGAUGAACCAUACAGACCUAGUUCUAAUAGGCCUUAUAACUAUUCGCGUCCAAAACCGGAUCCAUAUGAUGAGCUGCAGUUUCAAGGGGGCUACGGAAGACCAAAACCAGACCCAGGUCUUUGGAGACCAGACCCUAUCUAUCCACCUUCACCAAAUGAUGAUGUUCCUGACUUAUACGGACUUAAGCCACUAAGACCUGAAAGUCCUCCAUAUAAACCCCAAGACCCUGAGUAUCACUACAUUGUCAGACCAAAUAAAAAACCAAGACCUCAACAUGAUUACAACAAACCUGCUGAAGACCCAUAUAAACCUAAUAAACCUGACUACGAAUCAAACAGACCUGAUCCAUACUCACCGAGUAAACCUGAUCCAAUUGAAGAUAGUGGUUACGGAAAUAAACCAAUUCAGGAUUAUCCAACAAAACCAAAUGAUGGGUACAAGCCUAAACCAGACCCAUAUGGUCCUGGGCCAAUAGGACCACCAGAUAGACCUUACAGACCAAACAGACCUUACUAUGGCUAUCCAUCAAGACCUAGUGAAAAACCUAGCUACAGUUACAACAGUCAAUACGCUAGCGGUUAUGGCCAGAGUCAAGAUAACUCAAUCUAUUUAGAAAUAUAUGAUCCCCCAAGACCUUAUAAGCCAAUGAGACCUUUAAAUGACAAGCCAUAUCCAAGUCAUGGUUAUGGUCAAAAUUAUGGCUAUGGUAGCUACACAGGCCAUCAUUCUUAUGCUCCACCUUCUAACAGUCACUUAGGAUAUGGUCCAGUAGAAUCUGGUCUGUAUAGUCAGAAUUAUAACAGACCUGGUGACGAAAGACCUGACCGGCCUUAUGGUCAAGGUUCUUACGGAAGUCAGAAUUUUGAUCACUCAUCUAGUGGAUAUGGUCACCAAAAGCCUCAAGUUUCUAAACCAUCGUAUGGAAGCCAAGGUUCAUAUGGUCAAAAUGAUUUUACUGGUGACCAUGGUGGGUCAAGCUAUGGUGUUGAUCGACCAUCUUAUGGUCAAGAUAACAAACCUUAUGGUCUCAAUGAUAGGCCUUCAUAUACCAGUCCUAAACCUUCUUAUGGUAUUAGUCAUGAUAGUACUUACGGUAGUACUCAAAGACCUCUUUAUGGAGAAACUCAGGAAAAACCUUCAUAUGGAGCUCAGAUACCAUCCUAUGGGAAUCAAGAUCCGAACAGACCAGACGCAAAUGACAAACCUUAUGGGGAUAAUCAAAAUUAUGGUCAAAGUGAUUAUAAGCCCAGUCAGAAGCCUAAUGAGACCUAUGAUAGACCUGAUGUUAGACCGGUUUAUGAAUAUGAACUAGAAAAACCUGGAAAUGUUCCUAGUUACAUAGUGAAACCUAAUGGUGAUGUAAUUACUUCAAGACCUGUGACUGUUGGUGAUUAUGGGAAACCAACCUAUGAUAGACCAGGAUAUGGGGAUCCAAAUUACGAGGAUAAGCCAGGAUAUGGCAAACCAGGUCAUGGGUAUGGAGAAAAACCACAGUAUGGAGGGUAUGGAGACCAGCCAGCAUAUGACAGACCAGCGUAUGGGGGUGGCAAUAGUUAUGGGUCUAAACCAGGGUAUGGGGAUAAACCUGGAUACGAAAGGCCAGACUAUGGUGACAAGCCUGCAUAUGAUAGACCUACGUAUGGAAGUGGAGAUAGUAAUAGACCUGGGUAUGGGUCUAAGCCAGGGUAUGGUGGCAAACCUGAAUUUGAUACGCCAGAGUAUGGCGCUAAGCCAGAAUAUGGUGGUGGGGCCAGCAAUGGACCUGGAUAUGGAUCUAAACCUGGAUAUAGUGACAAACCUGGAUAUGAUACAGGGUAUGGAGAUAAACCAGGUUAUGGGGAUGACGGCAACAGGCCAGGAUAUGGAGACGCAGGAUACAGAGAUCCAGGGAAGCUGGGCAGUUAUAAAGGUUAGUGCAUAACUCUUAUUAGAUCAAGGCGUUUCAAAAAAAGUUGUUUCAACUUACUUCUGUUUUUACUCAGCUCGAUCACCCCUACGACUACAUCACGUUAUUUUUAUUUGAGUCUCAAAUACUGAAAAAAUGUAUCGC